AAGAAAAGAAUGCCCGUUUCCUGGUGGUGGGGAGCACUCUUUGUCCUCCUUAUUUGGAUUUGCCUUCUCUUUUGCUCUUGUGUCUUUACUAUGGGCACUGAGGCGACUUGGAAGAUGGUUCAAAAUUGUUUGGAGGAUGAGGCAUGCUCCAUAGUGGUCAGGGAAGGCCGGCAGGUGUUGGAAAAGGUCCAAGACAGUUUGUCAGAAACCGAGCGAUCAGAAGGGCUGGGCGCGCGUAUGAAAAUACCCAGCAAUAAGGAAAAAGGACUGCCCGGUGGGGGCAAGAAGUUAGAAGGGAGAGGGGAAAUAAAUAAGGAAAAAGGACUGCCCGGUGGGGGCAAGAAGCUAGAAGGGAAAGGGGAAAUAAAUGAAACAAAUGACCCUCCCGCUGCUUGUGCACCUCGAUCCGCCUCGGACGAGGCCGGGGACUUGUACCCCAGGCGUGAUGUGGCUGCAAUCAGCUUAGACCUUAGACAUAGACCUAGACAUAGCCCCUCGGAGGAUUCCUCCCUUAGUUCCGAAGAGGAGGAUUUAUUACAGCGAAAAGCGGCCCGUUAUGAAGCAACUAGGUACCAUCCUCUGGAGUCUCGGGCUCGCGGUGAGAGGGGCUCAACACGCCCCUCGCCUUCCGCUCCUCCCCCUCCACCCUAUCAUGAUCCUCCCUUGGACAAGGCACGUCCAUCUCGUACUUCCCUGUUUCCUGAUAAUCUGCGCAGGCAGAUGCGAUUAGCUUUCCCCGUCUUUGAGGGGGAUGGGGACGAGCGCGUUUACGCCCAGGUGGAGUUUGCUCAGAUUAAGGAGCUAGCGGAGGCGGUCAGGAAGUACGGAACAAAUGCCAACUACACCAUUUCCCUGCUUGACAGGCUAGCGCGGGAUCGAAUGACCCCCAGGGAUUGGCAGGACGUGGCCAAAGCCACGCUACCCAAUAACGGGAAAUUUCUAGAGUGGAAGGCCCUCUGGUAUGAUGCAGCUCAGGAUCAGGCUCGCCUUAACCGCAACGCCCGCGAUGCCACGCAGCAUGCGUGGACCAGUGACAUGCUUACUGGCCAGGGCGUCCAUGCAGAGAAUCAGAUUAACUUACCCUGGGGGAUAUAUCCCCAGAUAUCCUUGCUUGCCAUAAAAGCCUGGAAAGGCCUUUCCGUAAAAGGUGAGACAGGUAACCAACUCACAAAGGUCAUUCAGGGGCCUCAGGAACCCUUCUCUGAUUUUGUUGCACGCAUGACGGAGGUGGCGAGUCGCAUUUUUGGUGACUCGGACGCAGCGACCCCCCUUAUCGAGCAGCUCAUUUUUGAACAAGCAACUCAGGAAUGCAGGAAUGCUAUAGCCCCGAGGAAGGCUAAGGGCUUGCAGGAUUGGCUCAAAGUCUGCCGCAAGCUCGGGGGCCCCCUCUCCAACGCUGGCCUAGCGGCCGCCAUUCUCUGCUCACAGCGGCAGCGAAGCUCGGAUCCCUCUUGGGACCGCACCUGUUUUAAUUGUGGGAAGCGAGGACACGUUAAGCGUGACUGCAGGGCGCCGCGGGCGACCCCCUCUCUGUGUCAGUGCUGCAAGAAGGGCAAUCACCCCGCCGACCGUUGUCGGUCUGUCCGUGACAAUACGGGGCGGCUCCUCCCACCUCUAAUCUCGGAGGAGCCAAAAAACGGGAGGCGAGGCCCAUGGUCUCAGGGCCUGAACAAGUAUGGGACCAGGUUCGUUCGGGAGGCUCAGGAACAGCAACCCAGUGCAGAGUCACCCAACUGGACCUCCGUGCCACCUCCUCCCUCACCAUAACCC